AUGGCAGACCAAAUCAACACCACAGCCUCCCACGGCGGCAAGAAACACCAAGAACCAGUGCCCGACAUGUUCGACAACGCCGCAGGCGAAUCUGCUGUCGUCGACAUGGAGAAGCAAAAAGCCGCCGAAGGAAACGCGCAUUUCCACCGUCUAGGCUGGAAGAGACUCACAGUCGUUCUCAUUGUCGAGGCUAUUGCUCUUGGCUGUCUGUCUCUUCCUUCUGCUUUUGCUACUCUUGGUAUGGUUGCUGGUGUUAUUCUUACCGUCGGUCUUGGAUUCGUGGCUAUCUACACUUCGCAUGUUGUUGGUCAGGUCAAGCUUGCUUAUCCUGAGGUUUCUCACUAUGCGGAUGCUGGUAGACUCAUGUUUGGCAAGUUUGGAUACGAGCUUGUCGGUGUCAUGUUUUCUCUUCAACUCAUCUUCCUCGUCGGAUCACACUGCUUGACAGGAACAAUCGCCUUCCUCAACCUCACCGACAACGGAACAUGCUCUGUCGUCUUUGGUGUCGUCUCCGCUAUCAUCCUCCUCAUCGUCGCUAUCCCUCCUUCAUUCGCUGAAGUUGCUAUCCUCGGUUACAUCGACUUUGUCUCCAUCAUCCUCGCCGUCGGCAUCACCAUCAUCGCCACCGGUAUCCAAGCCAGCGAGUCCGUCGGCGGCAUGUCUUCCGUCAACUGGUCAGCUUGGCCCAAGGACGACCUCUCCUUCACCGACGCCUUCAUCGCCAUCACCAACAUUGUCUUUGCCUACUCCUUUGCUGUCUGCCAGUUCAGCUUCAUGGAUGAGAUGCACACCCCUCGCGACUACGUCAAGUCUAUCUGGGCUCUUGGUCUUAUUGAGAUUGGUAUCUACACCCUUACUGGUGCCCUCAUCUAUGCCUUUGUCGGUCAGGAUGUCAAGUCUCCUGCCCUUCUCUCCGCUGGUCCUCUUAUCUCCAAGAUUGCCUUUGGUGUUGCCCUUCCCGUCAUCUUCAUUUCCGGCUCCAUCAACACCACCGUCGUCGGACGUUACAUCCACGGUCGCAUGUUCAAGGACAGCAUCAUCCGCUACAUCAACACCAAGAUGGGAUGGAUCAGCUGGUUGGUCUUGGUCACCGUCAUCACGAUUGUCGCAUUCGUCAUCGCCGAGGCCAUUCCCUUCUUCAACGAUCUCCUCUCCAUCUCUUCGUCUCUGUUCAUCUCAGGCUUCACCUUUUACUUCCCUGCCAUCAUGUGGUUCAUGCUCAUCCGCAAGGGAUCAUGGUACUCCAAGGAGAACCUUCCUCUUGCCAUCGCCAACGGAGCCAUCUUCCUGAUCGGCAUGAUUGUCCUCGUCGGCGGAACCUACGCCUCCAUUGAUGACAUUAUCCUCAAGUUCCACCAUGGCGAAGUCCGAGGUGUCUUUACCUGCGAGCCCAUCGCCUAA